AUGUCAUUUCCAACUCCAGCCAGUACAGCAACCAACAGCGCAUCUCCACACACACAACAGCCACAGCAGCUGCUGCAGUCGCAACAUCCGCAACAACCAAAGCAAGAAGACUCACCGCGCUUCAAACCCCUAGCCUCCAUCACUGAAGUCCCCAGCCUAGCCUGCACCUCCACCCGCCCCUUCACCAUUGCCGAACUCGAAAAAACACCCCCAUUCUUCUUCACCUUUCCUACCACCGUCAAACUUAAAAAUCACGACAGUAUCCAAGUCACCAACGCAACGCACAUGAACGAAUUACUGUUCUGGUACCGUUUCCACUCGGGCGAGUACAGUGAUGCGGAGCUGAAAGGGUUGGCGUCCAAGUUGGAUGUCGGGCGGGCGACGAUGCGGAGGGAGGAGUAUGAUGGGGGGUGGGUUGUUGAUGCGAGUUUGAGGGAGGGGUCUGGGAAGGAAGGGAAAGGGGAAGAGGAAGGGAGGAGGGAGGAGGAGGUGGAGAUGGAGGUGGAGAUCAAGGAGCAGGCAGAGGGGGAGUAG